AUGACAAGGUCGACCCGUUCGUCCGCCCGCACCGGUCGCGAGGCGGGGUCAGACGAGGACGAUCAACCCAUUGCCACCGUGACGGGCAAACCAAAGGACGAUGGAAGUGGUGAAGAGCCAAUGGCUGCUGCUGCUGCUAAACCAGAGGACAGCAAGAUGCCAGAGGCAGCCAAGAAAGACGAACCUGCAGCACCGGCUGUAGGAGAUGGCUUGAGUAUUGCCGAAGUGGUAAAGGAUGGAGUGACAGAUGUGGCAAAGAUGCGCAAAGUGAUUGAUACGGCGCCAUCCUUUCCGGAAAAGCUCAUGAGACUGCUUCAGUACAAGUGUGAACCACAGGCCAUCUUUUGGCUCCCUGAAGGGGACUCCUUUGGGAUCAACAAACCUCUCUUUGAAGAUAGGGUGCUCAACAAGUACUUUCGUGGAAACAAGUUCACCAGUAUCACCAGGAACCUCAACAGAUGGGGCUUUCGUCGCUUCUUUUCCCACCCCAUGAAUGCGACUGACAACGCUAGUAUGGCGUUCAAGAACAUCAACUUCAAACGAGAUGCGCCUCACCUCGUCAAACUCAUGUCCGAGGACAACAAAAAGGGCGAAGGUCGUCGAGGCCGUCCCAAGAAGGGAGGCAAAGGAGGGGCGGCACAAUCCGCACAGGCGUGGGGUGCUGGGGCUGCUGGUGCAUUGCCACCCAUGAAUCAACAACAAGCGGUCCUUCGUCAGCAGGCCAUGUUUGCCAACGCGCAACAGAAUUACAUGAUGAUGAUGGCUCAACAGCAGCAGCAACAACAACAAAUGGCAAUGGCUCAGUAUGGCCAGCAUGAGAAAGAAGGUGACGACGGCGGCAAGCAUGGUGAUCAUCAUGAGUCGGAUCCGAACAAGAAGGACUCGGACGACAAGAAACCCGAUGACAUGUCCAUGGAUGGCUUUGCUCCGCAGAUUCCUCCUCCAAUGAUGGCGAUGCACCAACAACAACUUGCCAUGGCCCCAUUCAUGGCUCAGCAAAUGAGAAUGCAAAUGGCUCACUUCAACAACAAUAACAGCAACAACGGCAGAGGUGAGAGCAAGGAAGGCGAGGCGGCUGCUGCAGCUCAGGGCGGUGGAUGGCACAUGGAUCCGAUGCAGUACCCGCAACAGUUUGGAAUGCAACAGCAAAUGGGCGGUGGUGCGCCGCCAAUGAUGGGUGGCGGCCCCAUGUCUCCCAAGCAUCCUAGUGCCGACGACAAGGAAGAAGAGAAAGUUACCACUGACGACGAUGGCGACGACAAGAAGCCAGCGAGCAGUGACGAGGCAAAACCUGCUGAAGAGUCCAAGACUGAGUCGACUGGCGAGAAGGAAGAAGCACCAAAAGAAGACAAGGAAACGGAAGGCAUCGGCGAGAAGGAUGCCGAAACCGACAAGGCAAUGGAGGCAACUGAGGAGAAGGAUGCCGAAACCGACAAGGAAAAGGCGGAAGCCGAACCAGCAAAAGAGGAGGCCAAAGCCGACAAGGAAGAGGCAGAGUCCGAAGCCAAAGGGCAGGAAGACACUGAAAUGAAGGACGCUGCUCCAACUGAAGAGAAGGAAGACACUGCUGGAGUCGAGGACAAGGAGAAAGACAAUGAAUCGGCUGAAGAAGAAGACGACCCUGAAAAAUUUGAUGAUGCCGAAGAUCAGAAAGAAUCAACCGAAGACAAGAAAGAUGAAGAAGUUGAUGAUGCCGAGGACAAGAAAGAUGCAACAGAAGACAAGAAGGAAGAAGAAGUUGAUGAUGCCGAGGACAAGGAAGAACCAACUGAAGACAUAAAAGACGAAGAAGAUGGUGAUGCUGAGGACAAGGAAGAGCCAACUGAAGACAAGAAAGACGAAGAAGUUGGCGAUGCCGAGGACAAGGAAGAGCCAACCGAAGACCAAAAAGACGAAGAAGGCGAUGAUGCCAGGAACGAGGCAACUGAAGACAAGAAAGACGAAGAAGAAGAGGCAGCGAAAGAUUCUAAAGAAUCGACUGAAGACAAGAAAGACGAAGAAGAUGGUGAUACCGAGAGCAAGAAAGAUGAGGAUGCCGAAGACAAGAAUGAAGACAUGAACGACGAAGAAGACGCGGCGAAAGACGAAGAAGAAUCUUCGGAGAAACCCAACCUGGAUGAGGCUUCGACGAAAGCAUCCAAAGAACGCGUGCUGCCAACCAGUAAGACGCGAAAGGACACAAGCAAUAAGCGCAAGCGGGACGAUGACGAAGAAGGAAGCGAGAAGGAGGAGCAGGCUGAAGAGGAAGUCCGACUCACGAGAAGCAAGAGGGGAAAGAAAGAAGCCGCAGAGGCCCAAGAAGAAUCCUCAGAUGCCGCCCCCCAAACGAGAUCGUUGCGAAGGAGUACUCGUGGCAAAUAA